AUGCUGCGCAGAUACAGCAGUGAGCUGGCAGGCAAGCUGCUCCAUGAUGCUGUGACAUAUGAAGAUGUGCAUGUGAGCUUCACUAGGGAAGAGUGGACUUUGCUGGAUCCUUCCCAGAAGAGUCUCUACAAAGAUGUGAUGAUAGAAACUUACAGGAACCUCACUGCUAUAGGGUACAAAUGGGAAGACCAGAAUAUCAAAAAACAUCAUCAAUGUUCUAGAAGACAUGGAAGUAAAGAAUUUACUCAUGCCAAGUUUCUUCACAGGCACAAAAGAAGUAAUUCUACAGAGAAAGACUAUGAAUGUGAGCAAUGUGGGAAAGCCUUCACAUUUCACAGCACUCUGAAAAUACAUGAAAAAACUCAUACUAGAGAGAAACCCUAUGAAUGUAAUCACUGUAGUAAAGCCUUUACACGUCUUGUUAAUCUUCAGAGGCAUGAAAGGAUUCAUAAUGGAGAGAAAGCCUAUGAAUGUAAUCACUGUAGUAAAGCCUUUACACGUCUCGUUCAUCUUCAAAGGCAUGAAAGGAUUCAUAAUGAAGAGAAAACCUAUGAAUGUAAUCACUGUAGUAAAGCCUUUACACGUCUCGUUCAUCUUCAAAGGCAUGAAAGGAUUCAUAAUGGAGAGAAAGCCUAUGAAUGUAAGCAAUGUGGUAUAGUCUUUACUUUUCACCGUACUCUGAAAAUUCAUGAAGGAAUUCAUACUGCAGAGAAACCUUACAAAUGUAAUCAAUGCAAUAAAGUCUUUGUAUAUAACAGUCAUCUUCAAAGGCAUGAAAAAACUCAUACUGGAGAAAAGCCCUAUGAAUGUAAGCAAUGUGGUAAAACCUUUACACGUAGCAGUUCUCUGAAAAUACAUGAAAGAAUUCAUACUGGAGAGAAACCCUAUGAAUGUAAUCAAUGUGGUAAAGCCUUUUCACAUCACAGUUAUUUCUUGCAACAUGAAAGAAGCCAUACUAAACCCUACAAAUGUAGUCAAUGUAGUAAAGUCUUUACACGUAACAGUUCUCUGAAAAUGCAUGAAACAAUUCACACUGGAGAGAAACUCUAUGAAUGUAAGGAAUGUGGUAAAGCCUUUAUAUGUAAUAACCAUCUUCAAAGGCAUAAAAGAAUUCAUACUGGACAGAAACCCUAUGAAUGUAGUCAAUGUGGUAAAGCCUUUGGAUAUCACAGUUAUUUGAAAAUACAUGAAAGAAUUCAUACUGGAGAGAAACCCUAUGAAUGUAACCAAUGUGGGAAAGUCUUUGCAUAUCACAUUAGUCUCCAAAUACAUGAAAGAACACAUACUGGAGAGAAGCCCUUCAAAUGUGACCAAUGUGAUAAAGCCUUUAUAUGUAACAGUCAUCUCUACUAUCAUGAAAGAACUCAUACUGGAGAGAAAUCUUACAAGUGUAAUCAGUGUGAUAAAGUCUUUGUAUAUAAUAGUUAUCUUCAAAGGCAUGAAAAAAUUCAUACUGGAGAAAAACCCUAUGAAUGUAAUCAAUAUGGUUAA